CCCAAACGACAUUUGUCGCCAGUUGGACUACAGUGCGACGGCAACCAUGUGGUUUCAUGCUUCAGCGAUGCUCCGAUUGUUCCCGUUACUUCCCACACUGCUACAGCUGCCCGUUCAAGUAACGGCACGCUUCUGCGAGGGUGGUCACAUCUGUUCGCUGCCACGCGAGUGCUGCACCCAGGGCUGCUGCCCACCGUAUCAGGGUGGACCGCGACAGCUGCCUCCACCAUCGGAGCAUGUCCUCAACUUGUUCUUCAUCAGCCACUGGUUCUUCUGGUGCGUGGUGGUUGCCGUCAUCCUGGCCAUACUCUGUGCCUAUUCGCUGUGGAAGAAACGACGCACACUCUGCGGAUGGGGCUUUACGGAGCAUCAUACACAAUCCGAGGGAGAUUCGGCCGGCUCAUGUUAUGCACCGCCGCAAUAUAGCCGCUGUAAUUCAUUUCAUCAUCCGCCGCCGCCCUACACGGAAGUAACCUCAAAGCCGGAUCUAUAUCCGCUCGUCUUCACGUGCAACAGCGACAAUAGCAAGGGGAAUGCCGGCUCCAGCUAUCUGAUGGUGCAAUAUUUUCGCAAUUAUAUUGUGCGUCCGGCUGGUUCGUUGAGUGCCGCCAGCACCGUUGACUCGCUCAGCUCAAGCUUCAUAUGCAACAUCAAUGAGGCAAACACACUGGUGCCACCGCCCUAUUCCCGGGCAGCCAGCCCCGAGCUGAGCAUGCAUUAUGGUGGUGGUGCACAUCGAGAGCUAGCGGCGACGACGGCAACGACGACGGUACCACUAUCAUCGCAAUUGGUUGGGCCGCAAUACGGCUUGCCACGCUCCGCCUCGCAGCUGGUGGAACCGGACUAUCAGCCGCGCCAGGCAAUGCAGAUGCACUACGCCACGGUCGCUCUGGGUGGGAAUAUGGGUGUUGGCGCCGGAUCAGCGCAUUACAGUACACGACUGCAUGCCUCGCACAGCGGACACUUUUCGCCGGACGAGUCCGGCAAUGAGUCUACCGGAGGAGGAGGAUUAGGAGGUGGAUGUGGAGGAGGAGGAGGAGGAGGAGGUGGUUUUUUGCAAUCGCAGAGCGAUCAGCAUUUUCGGUAUAUGGGAAAUAAUAGCAGCAGCAGCCUCAGUGAUAUAUUCGUGAAUAACAGUUGCGCAGCGGGCUUCGGUGGCACGGGAGCGGAUCAGGCUGGCAUUAUGGGAGAGGCUGCCACGCAGGCAACAUCGCUGUGCAGCCUGGCAAUGGCUGCCGGUGGCACAUCGGUCAUCUAUGGCAACGGUUGCAUACAAGCGAAUCCGUUGCACAGCUUGGACAAUUGCUGCCAGGUGGCGUCGACAACGCAAGCGGCAACGGCAGCAGCAGCAGCAGCAGCAACGGCAACAGGACCAACCACAGCCAGCACCGUUUCUGGUGUGAGCAGCCUAUCGAAUAUUGGUACGCCAAGCUCACCGCCCCAGGCGACCAGUCCCACGGGCGAGGUGCGUGAGAUUCUCGAUCAAAUCAGUCAACUGCAGGCGGACGUCAACUAUGAACAGCUGCUGCUGAAUGGUGGUGCGAAAUCGCGACUACAGCAUACACUUUCCACACCAAUGACACGACCAGCUACACUGCAACAUCAGCAGCCAACAUCCUCAUCCUCAUCCGCAUCCGCAUCCGCAUCCAGUAAGGCCAAGAAAUAUUAUGCAUCAAAGCCGCCAAAUAAGGCGCUUUAUAUACCAAUGGCCGUUUUGACGCCACCAUCUGCACAGCGCUGUGUGCUCAAGAGUCCCAUUAGCAGCGUUGUCAGCGGCGCCAAUUUCUUUGUGAAUCGCGGACGUGUUGCCCGCAAGGGUUGGAUAACACGCUCGGCGCCAACAACACCCGGCAGUGGAUUGCCGCCCAAUCGGCUGGGCGACGACAGUCCAUUGCUGCUCAACGAGCAUGACGAGGAUGCCAUCGAUGAGUCCAUGGGCGACCAUGGUGGCCAGCUGGAAUAAUAAUAAUAAUAAUAAGUAUAAUAAUAACAAAUUGGCAGCGACAUCUCAAGCGUCAUUGUAGUUGUAAGCUUUUAAACUGCAGUUCAAACAUUUUUAAAUGAAUGCAUUUUUUUUUUUUUUUUGAUAGGUUGUCGUUUUUUAAACGUCUGAAAUCAAAAAAUGCCAAAA